AUGGAUUUAUUAAGUAUUUAAAUUGGAGAUGGAUAUUAACAAGUAGACACAGUCCUAAGAAAAAUACUAAAAAAUACUCUAUCAUUAAUAGAAAAAAGAGAAAAUUAAGAAUACUUUCUGAAAACAAAUAGUCUUCAUACAUUAACACUAGUUUAAUAUAUUGCACAGUAAUAUAUUUCGAUUUGUGAUUGCGAAUACAAUUAUGCCUUAAAUUGGAGUGAAGAUAUUGAACCUAUACCUAAUAAAAUCGAUUCUAUGCAAGCAUUUAGAGUUCCUACAAAGUAGAAGUAAAUAAAGGUUGAUAAUGAUAAAUAAAUUAAUGUACCUGCUUAAAAAAUUAAAUUAUCAGUCGAUAUAAAUACUAUUUUGACAAAGGAAUUGUAAGAAGAAAAAAAAAGAUUACAAAGAGAGUACAUUGAGAAAUAUUCUUAACUAAAUUUUAUUACAAAGGGUAGUAAGUCUCCAUCUCGUGAUCUGCAAAGCUAAUCAAAAUUUAGUUUAGAGUAAUUCAAACCAUGGGAAUUAUCAUAUGCUCAUUUCAAUUCAAGAUAAAAACCAUUCAUGUAAAUGAUAAAAUAGAAUGAGAAUAAAAUUCAAGAGGAGUAAAAUUAAUAAGAUAGAUCUAAAUUUUUUAUUCGGAAAAUAUUAUCUAAAGAAGCUAUCAAAAGAGCUACUGAAAAGGCAGAAAAAGAAGAAAAAGAGAGAUAGAUAAUACCUUAAGAAAGUGAAAAUUUAUUUGGAAAGAUAUUUAAAAGUAACAUAAAAGUUUUUAGAGCUGGAGAUAGUAAAGAUCUUCUAAAUUUAACUGAUAUUUCUCAAUAUAGUGGUAUGCUAGAAUAGGAAGAAUAAAAUAUGAAAGAUGAUAUUUUAAAUUAAAAAUAAAUAGAAUUUACUGAUUUUUUUGCAACUUAAGUUUAGCAAGAAGAACAGAAUAAGGUUACCAAAGCUUAUUUCAGUACAAUUAAGGCUCUAUCCCCUAAUUCAGUUAAACCUUUGAAUUUAAGACAUAAUUUUCCUAAGGCUCCAAUUCCUCAACUUGUAGAUGUACCUUUAGCUAUUAUUAAAUAAAAAUUUAAGAAAGACAAUCUUUAGUUGCUUGAAGAAAAAAUAGCAAAAGCAUAAAAUCCUAACAAACUAGAAGAGAUAAUGUUAAAAAAGAUGAAAAAUAUUCGUGUUAGAAGCAAUUCUCCUUAAAACAUAGACAGAAAUAAUUAAAAGAGUCCUUAAUAUUAUAAUCGUCCUGCCUUAAAAGAUAAUGUAAAAUAUUUAAUAAAUCCUGAUUUAAAAUGUGAAGAAAAUGAAGGUCUUAAUCUUAAAAUUCUUCCUAACCUAGAUUUUAAAUAAGUCACUAAACAAAAUUAUUAAGUUAGCAACAAAUUAAAAUGA